UUUGUUGAGGAUGACGUUGAGAAGUUUCAAAAGAAACGUUCGUAAAGUUACGUUAGUCACGAAUUCUUCCUGUCAUUUAAGUCGUACGCGUAAGUACUUACAUCUACGCACACAUUAUUUGGUUUAUUUUCUGAUGCUAUGUCGGGAAAAUUUCUGUAAACAUAAAAAAGACUGGGUCAUUUCAUAGGAAGUUGACGCGGUUAGGACAAAUCCCUUGAUUAAAUAACAUCGUAAUCGACUCAGUAUAAAUAUAAACGCAGACAAAACCAUUUAAUCACUUAGUUGUUAACGUUCAUCUUGCGCAUUACGUUAUCUUUCUUUUCUUGUUGAAAACAAAAAAUAAUUAUCUUUUAAACAUGUUUAAAUCGGUUAUUUUUAUGUUUAUUAUCAACUUAAUUCAUUUACUAAGUAUUGUUAAUGGUCAAGAAAAGAGUGACUGCAAAACUUAUCAUCUUUGUGAAACUUCCGAGGGUUACAACGAACAACAACUAAAAGAAAUCGUUUCGAACGAGAAAUAUCAAAAAUUUCUGCCACUUUUUGGGAAUGUUGUUGAUAAACCAAACGUUACCAUCACCAUUGAAAGUCGAUUCGGUGACAAAUCCAAGGGGAAUAUGUGCGCAACCAAACGAAUUACAAUGUUUCCUAAGAAAGGAUUAACUCUUAAUUCUCAAGAGAAAAAGAUCGUCAACGUUCCAGGUUAUCACCAAAUGGUAACUUUUGAAGCAUGCCAUGAUGGUGCCGAAUGUUAUGUAGGAAAAGAUUAUGUACCUCUCGGAGUUUCAAGUUUUUGCGAAACUCAAUUUAUUAUAGUGAGAUUAGUUGUGGUUAAUGACGAUAAUACUUUGGGAUUGGAACAGUUUUCGAUACCCUCUGGUUGUUCUUGUAUGUACUUGGUUAAUUCAUAAUUUAAAAAAUUGUUUUAAAAUUUUUGUAAAAUUAAUGAAAUAAAAUUUAGAACUUUAUACAAAG